UACCAUAGAUUAGUAGUCAGAGAGGGUUGCUAUGAUUUAUUGGCACAGGGUUUAUCCUUGCUGACUGACACGUGGCACCAAUUGAACACUUCACCCUGACAAUGCGCAAGUUUCGUGUGUGGGUGAAAUGACAGCAAAGGAAACGCAAGCAAAGGAUACAAGCACAACGACAGUGGAAGGAAAUCCAACCCAUAGGGAGGAAAAUUUUCAUUCAAGGAUUGUGUUCUCAGGCGACAGCAGCGAUUUUGCAAUUUUAGUGUGUCUGAUUCUCAGGCUUUUAAAUUUAAAUCAUGAAUUUGUUCAAAAUGUACAACCUACCGGAGUUGGUGCUUUUGUUAACAUUUUUAAUAGGCAUAAAAUUUUCUUCAGCCCUUCAACUUGAGGGACUUUCUACUAAAAAACCCAGAAUUACAAAAUACACCAUGAAACCAACAUCUUCAUCAGCUACAGCAGUCCCUUCUUCGUUGUCUCUCUACCGACUUAACGGGACCAGUGGAGCAACUUGCAUUUUAAUGCAAACUGAUGGGCUCCUGAGCAUACAGUAUCGGGACAAGUAUGGAGAGGAUAAGGAAGCAGACACAUUCAUGCCGGAUCAAAUGGAUAUUUCUGGUGAAUGCUUUGAAGAUGAAUCAAAGAUAACAUUGGGGUGGAAAGGUUUCACCCUUAAUAUGUAUUUCUCAAAGACUCCUGGAGGAGAAAGGUGGUAUGUUAAUAAUGUGGAGCUCUUUUACACAUCAUCGAACCAAAUUUUCGAGCAUAUCGAUCGACCUGGGCUGGAUGUCAAGCUAUCCACUCCUCCUGGGACAUUGCUCUUUCCAACUCCCGUAGGAAAAUCAUACACAUGUGAUCAGGAAGUGAUCAUCACGAUGUUCGCGCAGGAUGAAAACGAUAAAUCUGGUCAUCUGGCUAAACUGUACCUACGCGAGCUAAGAAUGCAAAGCUUUAUGUAUAAAUCAUCAAACACAUGGGGACCAACAUUCCAAUGUAGCGCGACUGGCACAUAUCGAGACGAGACAGCUCCAAUUGCAGUUGGAUCUACACUGGCAGUUGCAACUGUAUGCACAGUAGUUGGUUAUGGACUGUGGAGAUACUUCAAGGUUAAAAAAUUCCAAUACGGAACCAUGGCUUAAGCUGUCGUUAAUUCAUGAUAAGCAUCCACGAGGUGCUUGCAAUCGUGGCCAAAUUAAUCCUGAUCACACUCAUUGAAGAAAAGAAAAAUCGCUAGCGACAUAUCAAACCGAUGCGUGCUGGAUCUGGAUAACUUUCGGCGCCAUUGAGAGAGAUUCAUGCAAAAUAUUCAAUUACCAUAUUAUACUGCACGGAAAUGUGCAAUUUCGUUCAAUGACGGAUAACAAUUAAUAAGAUUAUCAGAUAUUUACUAGUAUGGAGCGUACAAUGCUGUAUCAAUAUUAUUAAAAAUUACAAGACACAACCAUGCGAAAAGAUAAAGUCUUCCAUUUUCAUUUAAAUGAUGUUAUCUAGUAAGUGAUUAAGAAUAUACUGAAACUAGUGAAAAUAAGCUUUAGUGUAUAUUAUAUGUAAAAGUUCAAAUUAAUGUGCACAUACAAUGUUUUGAAUCUUACAGUUUUAGGAUCUAUUGUAAAUAUAAAGCUAUAGAAACCAAUAACUUUGGACGAGUAUGAAAGCAUAUAGAUACAAUCAAACAUUUCAAAUCUAACUGCAGAGCGUUCAUCUGAGCACGUAAAACUUAUCACAGCAAUUGUUUUAGAUUCUGCCGAAAACCUCUACUGUUUCCAAUUUUAAGUGUGAUGUAUCGAAAAGCCAUGAUUCAAUAUUUAUAAUAAAGUUCAAUAAUGUUAGUUUACUCUACACAAUAAAGGUGUUGUUUCAAUGCGACCUAUCAAAACAAAUCAAACAUGUUAAAGCAAUGCAUAUUGUAUCAGUUUCAAUUUUAGUUUCUGACUUAUAAUUCAUACGAUGAUUUUUUUCUACUGAAAUACCAUAUUUAAUCUUAUUUACGGGUAAAAGCC